GCUCCCAGGCACAGCAGUAGACGAAGAAGAAGAAGACGACGAAGAAGAAGACGACGACGACGAAGAAGAGCAUCCCAGCGUGGCUAUGUCCGACCCGGCGGCUCAGGCCCUGCAACCCCGGCUUGUCCAAUCCCAGUCCGCUGGGUCGGCCGGGUCCACCGUCGCCGCCACCAGCUCCGGUUCAGGGAACAGUGAUCCGGCCAGACCGGGCCUUAGCCAACAGCAACGCGCCAGCCAGAAAAAAGCCCAAGUUCGAGCCUUUCCACGGGCGAAAAAGCUCGAGAAACUCGGCGUUUUCUCCGCUUGCAAGGCAAGUGACACAUGCAAAUGUAAUGGCUGGAAGAAUCCAAACCCACCCACGGCCCCCCGGAUGGACCUGCAGCAGCAAGCCGCCAGCCUGAGCGAGCAGUGCCGCAGCUGUGGACAUGCCUUGGCCGAUCACGUGUCCCACUUGGAGAACGUGUCUGAGGAUGAGAUCAACAGGCUGCUGGGAAUGGUGGUGGACGUGGAGAACCUGUUUAUGUCCGUGCACAAGGAGGAGGACACGGACACCAAGCAGGUGUACUUCUACCUGUUCAAGCUGCUGAGGAAAUGCAUCCUGCAGAUGAGCCAGCCGGUGGUAGAAGGAUCACUUGGUAGUCCACCUUUUGAAAAGCCAAACAUCGAGCAGGGGGUUUUGAAUUUCGUCCAGUACAAGUUCAGCCACCUGGCUCCCAAGGAACGGCAGACCAUGUUCGAGCUAUCCAAGAUGUUCCUCUUGUGCCUCAACUACUGGAAGCUGGAGACGCCCACGCAGUACCGCCAGCGCACGCAAAAGGACGACGGCACGGUGUACAAAGUGGACUACACCCGCUGGCUGUGCUACUGCCACGUGCCUCAGAGCAACGACAGCCUGCCACGCUACGAAACCACGCAGGUGUUCGGCCGCAGCCUGCUCAAGUCCAUCUUUACGGUGACGCGGCGCCAGCUCUUGGAGAAGUUCAGGGUGGAGAAGGACAAGCUGCUGCCGGAGAAGCGCACGCUCAUCCUCACGCAUUUUCCUAAGUUUUUAUCCAUGCUGGAGGAGGAAAUCUACGGGGAAAAUUCUCCCAUCUGGGAAGCCGACUUCACCGUGCCCGCCGCUGAUGGUGCACAGCUGGGGCAUCAGACAGUGAUCAGUCCGGCAGCUGUCUCCGGCUCUUCGGCUCUCUCCAAGGCUUUAAGCGCCGGUUCCUCAUUGGGUGGUCUUGAGGGUCUUGCCGGAUCAGAGCCAAUCACAGGGGAGAAACGCAAACUCCCCGAGACGCUGACGCUGGAGGACGCCAAACGCAUCCGCGUGAUGGGCGACAUUCCCAUGGAGCUGGUCAACGAGGUCAUGAUGACCAUCACCGACCCGGCCGCCAUGCUGGGCCCCGAGACCAAUCUCCUGACGCCAAAUGCUGCCCGCGACGAGACGGCACGUCUGGAAGAGCGGCGCGGCAUCAUCGAGUUCCACGUCAUCGGGAACUCUCUCUCCCAAAAAUCAAACAAGAAGAUCCUGAUGUGGCUUGUGGGCCUGCAGAACGUCUUCUCGCAUCAGUUACCUCGCAUGCCCAAAGAGUACAUCACGCGACUCGUCUUUGACCCGAAGCACAAGACUUUAGCCCUCAUCAAAGAUGGCCGCGUCAUUGGGGGCAUCUGUUUUAGGAUGUUUCCCACUCAGGGCUUCACAGAGAUUGUUUUCUGCGCCGUCACGUCCAACGAGCAAGUCAAGGGCUACGGCACACACUUGAUGAACCACCUGAAGGAGUACCACAUCAAACACAACAUCCUCUAUUUCCUCACCUACGCCGACGAGUACGCCAUCGGCUACUUCAAGAAGCAGGGUUUCUCCAAAGACAUCAAGGUGCCCAAGAGUCGCUACCUGGGCUACAUCAAAGACUACGAGGGAGCCACGCUGAUGGAGUGCGAGCUCAACCCCCGUAUACCGUACACGGAGCUCUCCCACAUCAUCAAGCGGCAGAAAGAAGUGAGCCCGUCUCCUUCGCUCCGGUCACGCUUCUUUCAGAAUAAUAUCCUCCUCCUUUUCCAGAUCAUCAAGAAGCUGAUUGAGAAGAAGCAGAGUCAGAUCAGGAAGGUGCACCCUGGUCUGACUUGUUUCAAGGAGGGCGUUCGGCAGAUUCCCGUGGAGAGCAUUCCUGGCAUACGAGAGACGGGAUGGAAACCCAGCGCCAAGGAGAAAGUCAAAGAGGUGAAGGACCCUGAUGUGCUGUACAACAUGCUCAAGAACCUCCUGGCCCAGAUCAAGACUCACCCGGACGCUUGGCCCUUUAUGGAGCCCGUGAAGAAAUCCGAAGCGCCGGAUUACUACGAGAUCAUCCGCUUCCCCAUCGACCUGAAGACCAUGACGGAGCGCCUGAAGAACCGCUACUACGUGACCAAGAAGCUCUUCAUCGCCGACCUGCAGCGAAUCAUCACCAACUGUCGCGAGUACAACCCCCCCGACAGCGAGUACUGCAAGUGCGCCAACACCCUGGAGAAGUUCUUCUACUUCAAGUUGAAAGACGGAGGCCUGAUCGAGAAAUGAGAAGGUUCUUCUCACGGCGGCGGGGUACCAAAGUUCCGACACAUUUUAUUUAUAAGUCAUUCCGCUUUCGCGUCGCGCCUCCAAACUCGGGGACUUCCAAGCCACGUUGCCUUCACUUACCGACACACUUGAAGCGCCAUCCGGUGAAGGGAAAGGAGGAAUCGUCUUGUCCGGGUGUUGGAACGUUCCGACUUUGUUCUCACCGUCACCGAGUCCACUGAUUAUUCUCAAACAUUUAGCUUUUUAGCUCCAUCGUAUUGACGUUGGUUGACGUUCUGCAUUAAAUAUUCCACCUCCUGAGAAAUCAUUGUGCCUCCGGUUUGAAAUAUUUUUGCCUGAACGGAGCUUGAACUGUUCUUGGCACGUGGGUGCUACGUGAUAAUAUUUAAACUGCAUAAAAAAUGCUAAAUAUUGGUUGUUUAUUCCAUUUCGGAGAACUCGGUGGCUGUUCCAUGACUGCUUUUUAGAUCUGGUGAUGUGUGUGUGUACAUGUGUAGAUAGAAAAACUUAUGUGUAUUAUUUUUUGUUUUUUACUUGAAAUCAUGUUUGGCUCACUUUCCGAAGUGUCGUGUUUUGUUCUUCGCUCGUUUCCGUGACGCCACGUUUCACACGCCACUUACGUUAUUGUAGUACCGUUAAUGACAAUAAAGGUUAUUUAGGAUUUUUUUUUUUCCUAUUUCUUGCUUCUGAUGUUGUUAAUGUGUAGAACUGAACUGUAUUUACACUAUGUCUACUACUAAAAACUUACAUUUUA